CAACAUCCGAGAGAACUCUCUUCCACUAUUUUCUUCAGAUUCUUCUCAUGUAAAUCUAUUUGGCAAGUGAUUAUCAGCAGUUUCAUGACUCAGAAUAACCCCGUUGAGCCUAGAAAUUUUCCGAACCCGAAGCUCAAUGGCGGAUACUUUAGUCCAUCAAGCUGCUGCAGCUGUCGCGAAGCAAAUUGAUGCAGGCCACUACAACUCAAAACAAUACGUUUUCGACAUUGCCUCGAGCAACGAAGUCUAUGCUCAGCUCCUGAAGCUCAACGCCACGUGGUCCUACAACAUCGAUCAGAAGCUCAAUGGUGUCUGUUUUAUUCUGACAAAAGUCAAUUUCGAAAAUGUGAAGAUGUUCCCGGAGACGUUUGAUCAACUCGCUAAUCAAUGUCUCAAGUCGUUUGUUAUUUGUGAUGAGUUCAAGGUGAUCGGGCCAGCGAUUGAUGGUAAUAGGAAAAGACAACGAGAAGAAUUCUUGCUCACACGCUCCCUGAGCCACAUUUUCGAGACUUCCCAAAUCGAUCAUCUGGAUUUGAGUGGGAUGACGAGUUAUUCAUGUUCAUGGCUAGCCGAGACCGGCCAACAACUCCCAUGGCUCCGCAGUCUUGCGUUAUGCGGCUUGAAGUUCUAUAAAACAGAAUUCUCCAAGAUUUUCCCAAGUUUUGUGAAUCUUGAUUGCUUGGAUAUCAGCUACAGCAAUGUUUCAAAUCUUCAAGGGAUCUCUAAUUUGCAAAACCUCAGACAGCUCUCACUUAGAGGCCUGGAGUUUAAGAGAGCACAAGAUCUAGAGGAGCUCUUCACUUUGAAACAUCUUAACGUGUUGGAUAUGUCAAUCAGGUUAAAAAACGCCCUCCAGACCAACAUAAGAGUCUUCCUUAGCUGCAACAAGGUUCUUCCGGAGCUCAGAUUCUUGGAUUUGUCAGGAAACAAAAUGGAUGAGGACCAGCUUGAAGAGUUGUUAGAAUCACACUCACACUUGCAUAAGAUUGCUAUUUAUGGAUGUGGCGUAAAAGCCCCCAAAAACUGCCCAAUCCAAAUUUCCUACACCACAACGUACGAGUCUACCAUUUUUGCAAUAAAGCACAUGUUACGUCUCCGACGUAGAGCCGAGCUGCAGAGCUGCUUUCAAGACUUGCAUUCACAUCUGAAGGAUUAUCAUGAGAUGGGCAAGUUGUACGACGUGGAACGAUGUGUCUAUCUUGCUGUUCAAUCGAUGAAACAUCUCCCAUCGAUGCCGAUAUUUGCCGAUCGGUUGUUAAUGGACGCAUAUUAUUUCUUUUAUGAAGCCGAUUGUCUCGCCGAAAUUGUUAUACAUCAUUCGCAUCGUGUAAGGCAGGAUGAUAUCUCAUUCAUUUGCAAGGAACUUUUUAAAAACGUUGGUAGAAAUUUGACCGCAAAUGUUCGAACGGAAAGAAUUUGCAACGCAAUCAUAAGUCUCUUCAGUAAAGGUGCAAGUUUGGAUAAAUCAAGACUUCAAGAACUUGCGUUAAAUUGUAUGCAUGCUCUGGAAAGUACUGACCAAGCUGCUCAUGAUCUGGCGACACGGAUUUUGGGUAGCUGUCUGAAUGAAAGCAAUCUGGAGGUGAUGUUCUCCAUCGGGGAUGUGAAUCCGACAGCCAAACCGGUCGGUCUGAACUUUCUGAACGCCGUAGUUCGCAGAGACGAUGUCGAGAUCUGUAAACUGGUAGCUGAGAAGGUUAGCAUGAGGACAUAUAAUAAGAAAGAGAAGUGCAUGCAAUACAUCAAUCACGGAGCAAUGGACGUUCUGAUCUCUGCGCUGGGGAGGUUCGACUCGGAGCCAUUGCAUAUUGCGAUAUUGGGGAUUGUUCGGGAUUUGGUUGUAAUGGCGCCCUACAAUACUUUGCCGAAAAUCUUCACAUUUAUACAAUUUCGAACAUUUCAGGUGCUUCUAAAAACCUGGACGUCCGACAGAGCCUACCUUGUGCUCUCAAUCCUCGCACUUCGCCUGAAUCAUUCAGAUAGCAGCACAGAAUGCGUAUUCAAGAAGUGCGCCGACGAACUUCUCAAGAAACAAUUCCCAUACCUCCUGGCCACCAAGAUAUCGGUUGAUGUUGAUAUCUACUUCACCAAUGGAAUUGUUCAGAACAUCCUCCAAGUUUCCGACGACGUUGGAUUGACGCUUUGGGCACUGCUGACCAUCAAGAUCUUUGCGCAGAAAAGUCCUCAGAGCAGUCAAACAAUCAGAAAUUCCAACUUUUUUCAUUUCAUCCAAAAACCACGUAUUCUAUCUGAAGCGGUGAAUAUGGCAUCGGAAAACGUUCGGUUUUUGUUUAAUUGGUAGAUCUGUCAGAAAGUCAUAAUUAUUGUACAUCAUUGUUAAUAAACUCAUUGUUAUAUUU